ACACAGGCGAAAGAUAUGCGGUGAUUUGCAUAUAUGACGAAGAGAGGCAUCCAUCCAUAAAUAGCAAGUGGGCUCCCCUUCAUCUCAACACAUUACCCAGAUGAUAAGAAAAUCAUGACAGACUCCGACAGUGACGGCAUCCCUGAAUUGGUGGACUCCUCAGAUGAGGAUGCUAUUCCAAACACACCAGAAAAAACCCUCAAUGAUUAUGCUGACAUUUGGUUGAGGAAGAGUGCCAAGUUUCUAGAGAAACAGGAAAGCAAUAUUCGGAUAUUUGCCAUGGGACCCUUCCUGUUUGCAGUUAAUAAUAUAGUUCCUGCAUCAUGGAUGGAACUGGUCAGGAGCUCAGGACUGAUCAAAUACAAAAAAAGAGAAAUUGAACUUUCCAGCCUUGACUGGGAGGAAUGGGCAAUAGCAGAUUUGGUGGAGGCUGUUACAGCGUUCAUGAUAAAAAAAUUGAGGAAGAAGAAUUUCCUGAUGCAGAUUCUUGAGGUUAUAAGUGAGAUAGACAACAAGAAAUCAGAAGCUCUUUCAUGUAGUAUCUGUUUAUCAAGUGCAGAGAGAUAUGACCUCAUCAUCAAACUCUGGGUUAGAGCUUUAAAAGUGCCACCUAGUAAAAUGAGAGAGAAGGAAGCUAAAUGUGCUGUUCUGUAUGUCGCCAAGCUAUAUGAAAUGGUGGUGAUGUGCUUGGCCAAGGAAUCAAAAGAUUUCUCAGAAGAGAUUAAAAAAAAUAUUCACUCCAGGGAUGGGACUGACCCAAUGAAGUUCAAGGAUGCUGGUAACGAGCAAUACCAACAUGGAAAGUUUGAGACGGCUAUUGACUACUACACUAAGGCCGCUAAAGCAGACCCUUUCAACCACAUCUUUUUUGGUAACCGAGCUCAGACCUACAAUCGACUGAAAAAGUUCAGGGAUGCAUUGGCUGAUGGUAGAAGAGCUGUUACACUUAAACCUGACUGGCCAAAGGGACACUACAGAUUUGCUCAAGCUUUUAAUGAGCUUGGAAGACUGGACCAAGCUAUAACCAUAAACAAAAAGGGUCUGGAAAUUUGUAAAAAUAACAAACAGGCCUCCGACAGUAAUAUACGUGACCUGGAGCUUCAGGGCAAAGAUUUUCGACAGGAGAAGGAAAAGAAAUUGACUGAUGAGAAACUCCGAAAAGUUUUGGAGGAAAAUGCCUUUGGUGAUGAAGAUGAGGCAAACUUGCCUCCUCAGAUCAGGAAUCUUCCAGGAGAGAAGCGCAUUAUUAAUCUCUCACGAGCUUUUAAAGCCAUGGAUGAGGAGUUGGAUCAGCUGCCGACAGACUACAUGUCAGAAGAUACUUCCUCAGAUGAGGAUCCUCCAGAUUUAGUAGAUGACGACGACGAUGAUGAUGACGAUGAUGAGGAAGUAGUGAUGGUGAAAUCGAAGUUCCCUCGACCAGAAGAAGUGUUGAUACCAGAUGUGAAACGGAAUGGACACACUUCACCAAAGGUACAGCAAAAGACCAACGUUAAGAAAAAACCUGAGGUUCCUGUCAAGGCAACUGAAGUCCUUGAACUACAGAAGUUUCUAGAGGACGGAAACAAUGCAUCGUCACGUGGCAUUCCCAAAAAAGCAGUUAUGAAUUAUGAGAAAGCACUAGAACUUGUAACCCAGUACAGACCAAAGCACUUUAACAUGGAUAUCCAUGAUGUGGUCGCUCUUAAGUAUGCUUACGCGGAAUCUGCUGUGUCUACAGGUAUAUACAAGUUUAUUAUGGAUGGUAUGGAGAAGUUUGAGGACAUUCUUACUAACCAUCAGGAGACAAAGUUCCCUCUUGCCCAUUAUGGUAGAGCUAAAGCAUUUGUUGCUCUGAACAGAUAUUCCGAAGCGAAGGCGCCAUUGACUGAUGCCUGGAAAAUAACUAAUAAUACCAAACUCACACAUGUCACUUGGCCUGGCACCAAGAACAAGAUUGAGGAGAACACCUACAACGUUCUUAAGAAACGCAUCGAGGAGUUGAAAUUGCGAUGUAAAUACCCACCUCCAGCAGAUGCACGCUGUCGUUACCAUAGUGAUGAUGAGGACAAACGGACAGUCAUUUACUUCUUGGAUCCAGACUUUAAGGGAUUUGUGCGGAUCCGCUGUGAUUCCAAGUGUGUAAUCGAGUUUCACACCCAAUGCUGGAAGGUUUACAAAUGUCAAUUUGGAGACAUGGAUCGUGUUGCAGAUAAGGAGAUGCUAGACAAGAACUGUCCUACUCCACAAUGUCAGGCUGUCAUUAUUAAAAUCAUUAUUUUCAAGCAAGACAAAACAACAAAGGAGAUUGAUUCUGACAAACCUCACAAACCUCCAGUGAAACCAAGGAUUCCUCCCAAAAAACUACCAGCAUCCAGUGAAUAUAAAAUCAAGCGUAAGAUGGAGAGAAAAGAUUUGAGGAGGAAGAGGAAAAGAGAAGUAAAGGAGGAGAGAGAUGAUUUAAUGGAGGAUAUUGAUUCUAUAUUAGAAGGCGACAGAAAAACGAAGGAAACAGAGGUUAAACCAAAACCAGCUGGGGCAGAGGCUAUAGAUAAAGAGGAAAGUAAAAGUGAAGAAGCAGAGAAUAAUCCAAAACCAACUGCAGUGCUACGCCGAGAUGAAGACAACAAUCUAGAUAAAUACAAGAUUACAAAGAAAGCAAAGCCGAAGAAGAAAAAGGAGCGUGAGAGAACAAAACCUACACGGCUUUCCUUGGAAGUUAACUUCUCAGAUGAUCAUGAGAAACAGCUGUUUGGAGAGCAUAAUGCUGACCAGGAGGAGGAGGCUCAACAUAGAAGAGGUGGCCGAGAACCGUUUUCUGUACCUAACAACCUGGAAAACUCUGUAACUGCCUUUGAGCGCUCCUACCACAAGCUUGACGUUCCUUAUGAUGAUAUUACAGAAAACCUUUUUGUGUUCUUUGAAGAUUUGCUGCGGGCUCAUGGACCACUUCAUAUUGAGGAUACUAAAAUAACCUCCAUGUUUGAAGAUUUCCCACCGGAAGCAAAGGAACGUGUAACAAAAGUUGGAGGACUGAGUUCGUUUUUACAGCAAUCAAAGAAAUUUGCUAUGAUCGACAAGAUUGUGUGUCUGUUGGUGGACGCUGGUAAAGCACGUUCUAUCUCUCUGGCUCGUGACAAAUCAAAGAGCGCUGUGUUUAGUGGGGGAAAGAAUGAAACUUUAAAUCCAAAUGCUACAGAAUUUGAACCUAAACAGAGACAAAAUGCAUGGAAUAUCAAGAGAGGGAAUAACUCGGAUGAUAUAAGCCUUGCAAUUAAAAGUGAAAAUGAAUUUGGUGUUAAAAUGAAUGAGACUGCAAGUGAGCGUUUGUUUCCAAACAAGGCAACCUCAUAUAAGAAAGGUGGAGGUAUAGAUUCAUUGGAUGAUUUUAAUUUAAGUAGUCCUGUGAAACAUGCGAAACCUGAAACAAGAUUUAAUAUUCUGGAUAGUCUUGAUUCUAUUGACGAUAUUGAUAUUUUUAAACGACCAAAGGGUAAAAACUCUAUGGAUACAUGUGAGGACUUUCGCUGGGCAUCGGAAAAUGAUAAUGAGAGUGUGAAAAGCAGUAUAUCAGACCGGGAAAGUGUAAGUAGUCGCGGAGACUUGUUUGAGGGGAGGGGGUUAGAGGAACGACAGGAACUGCCUAGUAAGGUUCUAGGUUUGGAUAGCAAACUGGACCUGAUGAGUCGAAGCAGCUCCAGGUCAGAUGUGAGCGAUAUAUCAGAGCUAAUGACUAAGUCGUAUAAAAGUUUCAGUUCCAUUGAUAAAUCAGAUGUAUCCGAAUUAAUGGCCAAUACUUAUAGUGCGCAUAGUGAUGUGUCAUCUCCUCGUAUGUCACCUGGUCCAAGUUCCUGGCUGCCAUCAGGAUCUCCUGUUGUGAAGCAAGGAUUUGGCCCCAUCGGAUCUCCAGUGCUCUCAUCUAUUGACAGUACAUCUGGUUCUGUUGUCAUAAACAGACCAGCGCCUAUAGGGUCACCUCUGGCUAAUGUUCCUAGACGCACUGAUGUCUCACCAUCAGCAUCACCAGGACUGAUUCGUCCUCCUCCCAUUGGGAAUCAUUUAGGUCACACACUCAAGGAAGAAGUCACUUUAGCUACACAGAAAGAAUGUCAGCGAAUGGACAAUAAAUUUGUGAAGGACUUGGCAAAUGAAACAGUGGAGGAACUGGUGAUGAAUGGCUUUAUCCAUGAGAAUGAUCGUUCAAAGACUAUAGAGAAUGUCAGCCAAGAUAUAUGGCAACAUAUGAGUGCACAGAAGAACACGUGCCUGCCUCCAGAGAAAACCAAAAAAUUUAUGAUGGAUCAAUAUAAGAGAAAUCAUUAUGACAAAAAGAAAAACUAUUCAUUGAACAUGACUAGCUUUCCAUCGGUGACAACCAGCAGUAUUUGGUCUACUGGUGACGAUUCUGUCAAGAACUCCAACAUGUCUUUUUCCUCCUAUCCCCCACCACCUAUUGAGAUGCCACCAUCUUUGUCCCAAUAUGCACCCUACUCACCCCAAUCCUUUAGUAUGGGUCAGACCAGUUCCCCAUCUUCAAGCAUAUUUACACAGCCCCCACCUCUGUCUCACAACUGCCCUGUCACCAAACCUACCCUUCAACCCUUUACAACACGUACUGUGACAGUUACUGCAGCUGUUCAAGCUUCAGUAGAAACAAAAACAACAAGUACGCUCACUGACCCUUUUGAGCCCUUUAAGAAUGACCUGAUUCGUGCCUUUGGAGAGAGAGAUCAUCUCCAGGGGGAGCUACAGGUUGCUACAAAACAACUACAGGAACUAACAGUGUUGCUGCAACAGCGAAAUCAUGAUUAUAAAAACAUGGAAAUCGACCUGAACAACAGGAGCGAAAUAUUUGAAAAGAACCAGAAAAUGUUUGAGGAGAAAUUUAACGCAAUGAUUGGAGAGUUGAGUCAUCUCCAGCAGAAGUUGGGUCAGAGCAAGGAGGAAAUUGCCAAAUACCAGAGCAAACUUGAAGAAGCUGAAAAGAAAAUGGGCUUGUCUGAUAAAAUUCAUAAAGAGAACAAAGAACAGAUUCUGAAAAUUUCAGCAGAGAAGGAAGAAGCUGUAACAAAGGUUGGAAAGUUAAUGAAAUCACACGAGCAUGAUUCAGUUCGAGCUAGUGGUGCAGAGAUUGAGGUUUUGAAGCUGAGAAAGCAGAUUACAGUAUCUAUGUUGGAAGGAAGUAAGAAGGAAGCUGUUUUCCACCAACGACGGCUUGGCUCAAUGAUACAGAAAAUGGCAGACCAGCACCAAACAAUUCCAAAACAUUUCCAGCAAGUGAUGGAUCAUUAUAAGAAGAUCACUCCGAAGUGUGAGGAUACCAUUGUCAGACUAACGCGUGAAUUUGAUGAGCAGAUACAGCAGAUUAGGAAUGGACAGUGUCUGUCAGACUUACCAGAGAUCCAUAUUCCACCUCCACCCCCAGCUCCACCUAUCCUACAACCACCACAGCUGUCGGUAAGGGGGACUACUAGACAGAUUUUUCAAAUAGAUAAUGAGGGAAAUACAACAUCAGGCUCAACACUGUCGUUGAUGGGCAUAAGAGCAGGGGGAGACAACUCACCAGAUGGAGACAGUCUGUCAUCAUUUACAAUGCCAUCUGUCCAUGAUUACACUAUGGAACCAGGAGCUGUCAAAUCCAAGUCAAUUGAGAAACCUUUGCCACCGAAGCCCCUGGCUACUCCCAGCAGUCAUCAGCCACGUCCCCUUGCACCGCCCACAAGGACACCAGGAUUCCUUCCUCCCCGUCCCUUAGGACCACGGCCUCCACUUACAGUGGGAACACGUCCUACGCUUAGGCCAGGACUUUCUGUCACGCAGCCGAAACAGAACAGCUUUGAGAAACUCAUAGCUAAACUACAAGUAACAGUUCCCAAGUAUAACAGGCCAGUGUUUGUAAGACUGAUCCAGGAGCUCAGGCAAGCCAAGGGAGGGUCGUUGUCAGGGACAACAAUGGAUGAGAUUGUGAAUCAGAUUGUUGAACUCAUUCAGACUUAUGAACAAAGACAACAACAAAAUACUUCCUCACAGGCAUCAUCACAAAGACCUACACCACCAAAGCCAAUUGCACCACCUCCUGGGUUAGCAACCAGCUGGGCCUUCUCAGCAUCUGAUGGUGCAAAUGAAGUGUUUGAAGAAGAUGAGGAUCCUUGUGUGAUUUGCCAUGAAGAGAUGACACCUACAACUACACGUACACUGGACUGUAGUCAUAGAUUUCAUGAUGAGUGUAUCCGUAAAUGGUUUAAGGAACAGAGCACCUGCCCAAACUGUAGGAUCCAUGCACUCCUGCCAGAUGAGUUUCCAUCUCUGAAAUGAGCUUACGUCACUUGAUUGUUUUCGGAAAGAGAGCUUUUCUUCACAAACUACAGAGAAAUUAUUUAUUGCAGGAGGGACAAUGAAAUAGCUUAUAUCAUUAUAACUGAACUGCAAUUGACCAGCCUAACUGCAGGCAUGGGCUUAUUGACAGAUUAAUUUGUCUCGCAAGACGCCUUCAUGACUAAAGGAUAUCAUGAUCCUCGAAUUAUUUUUCAUUUGAUCUCUUUUAACCUCUAUUAAUGCUUUUUCACAUUUAAGAAACUUGGGAGAAAAUCCAAAUGGAUUUUUUUUUCACUGUUAGAUUUAAUAUUUAUUGAUUUAUGCUACUUUUAAGUUUUCCCAUUUUGUAAUUGUUCGGUAGUUUUACAAUUGCUGUACUCUAUUUAUAUUUUAAUAUUUGAUUUGUUUUUAUUAUGAUCCAUGUCUUUUAUCAAUUUGUAUUAUAUUUGUUGUUCAAUUUCAGAAAGAACAUCCAUUACACAGAUUAUAGUAGGGACUUCUGAUUCUCUUCACUUCAGAUUUAGUUUAAGUCGUAAAAUCGGGCACUGUCAUUAUAUAUUUUGAAUCAAAAAUUAACAUGGAAAAUCGGAAGAGGGCAUGAAUGUAACUGUCUUGGCAUUUUGUUUAAAAAAACCAACAAAGUCAAUUUACUUUAUGAUCAAGGGUGUUAUUGUGAUGCAUGCAAUCUUGUUGGACAUUGGGAGGGGUGUGUGGUAAACUUAAUUAUUAGGAAUCAGUAAACUUCUCAUUUUAGAAAGUUUCAAGAAAUCAGAAAAAUAAUACAUCAGUAUUCCUAAGACAGUUGUUCUGUCUUGUCUCAGACCUUCAUUGAUCUAUAGCAUAAUUUUUCUAGAUGUUAUCAGAAUCAUAAUGGAAUUUUCAUACAAAAUAAAAGUUUAAAUGUUGUAUUAAUUUGCUCUUUGUACUUCUAACAGAGGACCAUGGUUUCUUUAUUUUAAAGUGAAUGACUGAUAAUCCCAUUAGAAUAUCUUCAUGAGAAGUAAAAAGUUAAUGUCCUAUUACUGUAUUUAUCUGCAAAUUAGCCCCUAUCCAAAAAAUAAGCUCCCUUAUUCAGUUUUCAAGAGUAUUGAUUGUGGAAUAGUAACUAAAAGUUAACUGACAAAAAUAAGCCCUACCCAAACAUUUAUACUAAACUUCACAGUUGGGGAGGGGGCUUUAUUGAGGAUGAAUAGAGUAUGUUUUAUCUAAUUUUUUUUUUUUUUUUUUUAACUCGUCCUUCAAAGUUCUGUUGGUUAAUAUUUAAAGACAUUAAUCUCGGAUUCAGAGAGAUAGUGUGUUCACUGGUUUCAUGGCUCUGUGAAGGCCCAGAGUCAUUUUGAGGGUGGAUCUCCUUGUAGUAAUGUGGUUGCUAUCUUGCAGAACAUAAUGAGAGAGCCCGUCACAUUAUCCAUAACAAUUUAGAUGGUGUCUUGCCCUUGGAGAAGGUGGUAUGAAUUAAUUCUUGGAACCUUUUUAAGCUCCCCAAACAUUUUCGGGGAGCAUGUAGUACUCGCCUUGUUUUUCAGAUUCUGAAUUAGAGGUUUUGGAAGGAAAAGGAGAUUUUUAAAAGGUACAUAAUUUGGUAGAUCCAUAUUGUUUCGCUGCACUUUCUGUCAAUGGCUGAUUUAGUUGAGUAGCUGCCUUUGUCAAUUAAAAUUUUUCAUAUCAGAAACUAAUUAAAUCCAGAGUUUUCUUUAUCAGAUGCAAAAUGUAUACAUAACCGAAUUCGAGAGGAUUUUGAAAAAAUGUCUCAAUAAGACUUUAUAUCGGUUAAAGAAUUGUGCACCAAUGUGUUGAGACGUUUCUGAAAUAUUAUUUAUCUUGUUACAAAAUUUUAAUGUUGCCCAUAUUUGUACUACUUAAUUUAUUCAUAUUGAUUAUAUAUAUACAUAUAUCAUGACAAAUUACACUCUUUGAUCAUUCUUCUUGUUUACCAGUACAACAUAAUAUUGAAAAUUCAGAUUUUGAUAAAAGUUUAUAUACAAUACUGUAUAACCUUUUAUUUUCAGGGAACAACAUUUUGGCUUUUUCACGGUACAUUCAUGUGACCACUAAAACUAAAUCUGUGAAUUAAUGAUGUGUUUUCAAUGUCCUUUUUAAAUCUAAAUCGCAAAGUUUUUAAUUGUUUCGAAAGUAAAUGGCGAAAACUUUGACCAUCUUUAAGGUAAUUCCUUUAUCCCUUUUGUUUUAUCCAUAGCUUAUUUAGCACGACAUUAUCUUGCUGCUGUGUUGACAAUUUUUUCAAAACAAAUGAUGAAAAGAAGAUAAGAUGUUGUGUGAUGUCCAUUUAAAAUUCUGAUCACAUUAUUAUGUACUGCUUGUCUCAUCCUGUGUAAUUGGUCUCUUGAUUUCUAUAUUCAUGUUUUAUUAAAUCUAUGUAAUUGAUAUUCUCCGCAAGGUUAAAUGUUAUGUUGUAAUGUACACUGUUACUGGAGACCUAUGGAUCUCUGUAUUAUACAAUCAUUUGUGUUUGUAGUAAAUGUCCUCAGAAUGUAAUUUAACACAUUACUGAUUAUACAUUGUACGGUAAUAAAUGUUCUCAAAUGA